AUGAUAGUCACCUCUUCCCGUGACAAGUCCAUCAUUCUGUGGAAUCUCACUAAGGAAGAUAGGACCUAUGGCGUCGCCUGCCGCCGUCUUACUGGCCACUCCCACUUUGUCCAGGAAGUUGUCCUUUCCUCUGACGGUAUCUGUGAUGUUAUACAGCCGGUUGACAAGCGAAGCACGUACAACGCGGGAAGGAUGAUGGUUGACAAUUCAACGACAGUCACCGCAGUUGCAAUGAAAAACUUGGGAGAUGAAAUUCAAGAUGCAAACGAGCCUGAGACAGCACUUGCUCUUGAGGCAACUCCUCAACAGGCAACACAUCAGCAGGUGAAAAGAACACUGAUUUUUGAACUCUCUCCAGCAUUGGAUAAUGAAAGACAGUAG